AUGCGGCUCCAACGCGGUCUCUCCUACAGACUUGUCCUGGUGCUUAUUCUUCCCGCAGCCUAUUGCCAGAUUACACCAUGGCCAGUAUCCUUUAUCACACCUAGAAGCGGAAGCGUCCUAACGAAAGGAGACUCUUUCAACGUAACAUGGCUGAUGAACGAAGAAUACGGCUACGCCGUGUUGGAUCUAAACAUCUGCCGUACGGUCGACUCAGAUGUAACUACCUGCGAAUUUCCAAACCCCAACGGCAUUAAUUACACCACAGAUAGAUAUUUUUCAUCACAAACUUGGACCCCUAGCCUCUCACUAGCAUCCGGCGACGGCUAUUUUCUUAUGUUAACGGAUAUCGAUAUGCCAGCAGUUUAUAUCACAUCAGAUAGAUUCACAUUGAGAGACCCGAGUUUCUCAUCGCUAGAAACAACAACUGUUACAAUAUCUCCACCAACGAAUUCUGUAGCUUUAUCGACCUUCCCCACUUCAUCCCCGACCAUGACAGCCCCCACAUUACCCGAAUCCUCCAGUACACAAAGUAGCUCAGACAGCUCACCAGCGGCAGCGAUCGGUGGCUCAGUCGGUGGUGUUUUUGCAGCGAUUGUUAUCGCCUUCAUACUUAUAUCACGACGAAAAGGAUGGUUUUUCGGAAAGGCCCAAGUUCCAGAACUGGGGGAGAGGGACGGGGGAGAAGAGAUGAGAGUGAGACAUUUAUCGGAAUUAGAAGGGAAUGUCGGAAAAUACCUAGGCUCAGUGGACGCUGAGCUACAGGGAAGUGUACCAGUUUUUGAGUUGCCGGAGGGGGGUCAUGAUGAGGGUGCUGAGCUACCGGGAAGUGUACCAGCUCUUGAGUUGCCGGAGGGGGGUCAUGAUGAAAGUGCUGAAGGCAUGGGGACAGUGAAGCAUAGAUAG